GACAAUUUUGCCCUUUUACCCUCUUGCUAUAGCUCGUCGAAUUCACAACAACCUCAGCUUCUCUCCAACAAAUUGUGGUGGAGCGAAUAGCAUCUCUGAAGCCUCAAAACAUGGCAGACGCUGAAAUCGAAACUAAACAGCGCAAGUCGGUCGCAUUCAGCGAAGGAUCCGUCAUCAUGGAUACCAAUGGCCAAGUCACAGACGCCCCUCCGGCUGAGAAUUCCACAGGCGAGAAGGAAGUCGACGAGGUCACCGAGAUGUUCAAGGGUCUCUCAAAAAAGAAGAAGCCCUCCAAGAAGUCUAAGACCACCGAAGCCGGCGAUGACGAAGAAGCCCCCGCCGCCGCCGAUGGCGAAUUCGAUCCCUCCGCGCUGAAGAAAAAGAAGGGCAAGGGCAAGUCUAAGAAGGUCGACCCCAACGACUUUGAUGCCAAGCUCGCUGAGGCUGGUAUUGCUGAGGAGGCUGGCGAGGAUCAGCCCGAGGAGCUGCCUGAGGGCGACCUCGAGGCCGGCACCGGUAUCUGGGCACACGACGCCACACAAGCCAUCCCCUACUCGCUCCUCGUCUCCCGCUUCUUCUCCCUCAUCGAGAGCCACCACCCCGACCUUCUGUCCAGCGGCGCCAAGUCUUACAAGAUCCCCCCGCCCCAGUGCCUGCGUGAGGGUAACCGUCGUACCAUUUUCGCCAACAUCGCCGAUAUUUGCAAGCGCAUGAAGCGAAGCGAGGAACACUGCACCCAAUUCCUGUUCGCCGAACUCGGUACGUCAGGCAGUGUCGACGGUAGCCGUCGCCUGGUCAUCAAGGGAAGAUUCCAACAAAAGGGUAUCGAAUCGGUUCUGCGUCGCUAUAUUGUUGAGUACGUCACAUGCAAGACGUGCCGCAGCCCCGACACCGAGCUCAACAAGGGAGAGAACCGUCUGUAUUUCGUUACUUGCAACUCCUGCGGAUCCCGUCGUUCCGUCGCCGCCAUCAAGACCGGUUUCCGUUCCCAGAUCGGCCGCAGAAAGCGUGUGGGCUAAGCGGAUGGAGCUGUGCUGGCAAUUUGCGAAGGAAGGGCUUGUUUUUAUCGCUUCCUUAUGGCGUGUCACUUACUAGAGCUUUUGCCGGGUGGAAACGAGGCACUGUUGCUUUGCUUUCUACCCGGGGCUUGAGAUGAGGAAACGAUUUGAAGAAUAAAAAGUAGUUUCGCAUGAAAUGGACUGAUAUCACUAUAUCUUACCUUCAAGGCUGUAUGAUCUUGCGUCUAGGUGAACGUUUGGGAUUGUGGUAGAAUCACCCGCCACUCUUGAAGUUUAUUCUGCCUACGUGUCUAAUCUGCUCUUCAGUAGCUACUAAUUAGCAAGCACCUGACUAUUUGUAGAA